AUGACUUGGAGUGAUUGGGGUCCUAUAUCCCUUGCGGGGCUCAGCCUUCAAGUCGUAGAGAAUGUAGAAGAAGCUGAUUUUAUUCUGGCCCAUGGUACUAAAGUAUUGGGGCUCCCUUCUGGAGAGGCACAUCCUGCUAGUCUUGAGGAUUUCAAAAAACUAUUGGACCUUUGUGCAGCUAAGAAAAUUCCAAUGAUUGUAGCCAAUCCAGAUUAUGUGACCGUUGAGCCUAGGGCUCUGCGUGUUAUGCCCGGUACUUUGGCAUCAAAAUAUGAAAAGCUUGGAGGUGAAGUGACAUGGAUGGACAACCUUGAUAAGAUAAUACAUAAAUCAGUGAUGAAAAUGGUUGGUGUUGCUACUAGCGACUCCAUUGUUGUGGGUGAUUCCCUUCACCAUGAUAUUAAGGGAGCCCAUGCAGCUGGAAUCCAGUCAGUAUUUACCAUUGGAGGAAUCCAUGCAAAUGAACUUGGACUAAGCAGUUUCGGAGGAGUUGCAGAUUUAUCUUCUAUCUAA